CGAAGACAAAAAGAGAUUGACAGAGAGCAGAACAUCAGAAAAGCUCAGAUACAAACCACAGAGGACAGAAUUACAGACAAGACAGCCUGAAGACCUGCGCUCACAGGUAUGGGGAGCUUUGAUCUUACCACAGAAGAUUAUAGUCUAAAUUACGACGAUGAUGAUGAUUACAACUUCACUACAGAUCCAUCCGCCUUCUUUGGUAAAGAGCUCUGCGAGGCCAGUCCAGAGCAGGAGCGCAACAUUACCAUAGUCCAGACCACAGCCUUCCUGGUGGUCUUCGUCUUAGGCGUGAUUGGAAACGGCCUGGUCAUUGCCACCUUCGCUCUGUACCGCCGUCUCCGUCUGCGCUGUAUGACCGAUGUCUUCCUCUUCUUCCUGGCUCUGUCCGACAUGCUGCUUCUGCUGACGCUCCCACUGCAAACAGUAGAAACUCUGAUCGGCAGCUGGGAGUUCGGAGAGCCCAUGUGCAAACUAAACCGUGGCAUGUACGCAAUCAACACCUACAGCGGCCUUCUGUUAUUAGCGUGCAUUAGCAUCGAUCGCUAUUUAGUAGUGGUGUGCACUCGAUCUAUGAGGAAGAGGAGCUCUGGUACGCUGUUCUACAGUGUGCUCUCUGCACUUAGCAUUGCUGUAAUCUCAAUCAUGUUCAGUCUUCCAGAUCUGAGCUUCAGUUCUGUGGACAACGUCUUGAAUUCAAACCUGAGCUCAUGUGAUAUGAAAGUCAGCGAAGUCAAGUGGAAACUGUGGGCCCAAAUUGCGAAGAUCGCAGGAUUCUGCAUCCCAUGCAUCACGAUGAUCGUGUGUUACGGUGCAAUCGGACACGUUCUGAUACACACUGGAGGAAAAGGCUGGCGUAGACAGAGAACUUUAUGGUUGAUGGCACUUUUGGUGGUGCUCUUUCUGCUUUUCCAGCUGCCCUACACUGUAGUGUUACUGAUUAAAAUAUCCACACCAACACCAACACUCUGCAGUGAUUGGACCACGCUGCACAUCAUGGAAAUCGUGACCCGAAAUCUGGCCUACGUGAGGUGCUGCUUGAACCCUCUGCUUUAUGCGCUGGUUGGCGUUCGCUUCAGGAAUGACAUUAUACGGUUGUUGACGGAUGCUGGGUGUGUGUGUAAGUGCGUGUCUCAAAAAGCGCCUCAUCUUGGCAAUGGAAGCUCCAUUACUCCGUCUUCUCCAGCUCCGACUACACUUACACACAUUCCCUCUACCUAUCAGCCUGGCAAGAACACGUCUGCACCAGAUACACCUGCUGCGAACACAGCGCAAACGUUCUUCUUCCCCACACCGGUGUCUGGGAAAGUUACUUCAGUUAUAAGCUGGUGUCAUCAGAUCAUCUAACAUGAAUCAUUACUUAUAUCAGUGGUACCCAAAGGGGGGGGUCGCAGCCCGGGACAAUGACAGGGGGUGUCGCUUGGUGAUUUCCAAAAGUCAAAUAAACUUUAUUAAACUAUUAGAAUUACCAUAUUUUAACCAUAAUAACCACUUUGAGAAUGAUCUUAAGUGAUGGUCUCCAAAAUUAAACUAACAGUAGACUUGUGCUGUAAACAUUGUGUCAUUUCCAAAUAUUUCCUAAAUGAUUUUUAACAGGGCAAGGAAAUUUUCACAGUAUGUCUGAUGAUAUUUUUUCUUCUGGUGAAAGUCUUAUUUGUUUUAUUUCGGCUAGAAUGAAAGCAGUUUUUAAUUUUUUAAAACUCAUUUUUGGGACAAAUUAUUAGCCCCUUUAAGCUAAUUUUUUUUGAUAAUCUACAGAACAAACCAUCAUUACACAAUAACUUGCCUAAUUACCCUAACCUGACUAGUUAACCUAAUUAACCUAGUUAAGCCUUUAAAUGUCACUUUAAGCUGUAUAGAAGUGUUUUAAAAAAUAUCUAGUCAAAUAUUAUUUACUGUCAUCAUGGCAAAGAUAAAAUAAAUCAGUUAUUAGAAUUAAGUUUUUAAAACUAUUAUGUUUAGAAAUGUGUUGAAAAAAAUUCUCUCUCUUAACCAGAAAUUGGGGGGAAAAAAUAAACAGGAGGGCUAAUAAUUAUGACCUCAACUGUAUGUAUAUAUUUAUAUGCAAAUAAGCUUCCAGUAGUGACUCUAUGUGCAUAAAAGAUCAGUAUUCUGUAUUAUUCACAAUUAGCAGCAUGGAAAGGAAUAGUCUUUGCUUUUUUGUAAUAUGCAGUUUUUAAAUUAAUCAUGUUUUACUCAAACUCAAAUGGUUCAAUACUUUGAGCUUUUUUAUUCUGUUGAACACAAAAGAAGACAUUUUAAAGACUGCUGAAAACUUGUACCAUUGACUUCCAUAGUGGGAAAAACAAAUACCUUGGAAAUCAAUGCUUACAGGUUUCUAGCAUUAUUCAAAAUAUCUUCUCUUGUGUUCAACAGUAGAAAGACUAAGGGCUUUAGAACAAGUGAAUGGUAAGAAAAUGAUGACAAUUUUCAGUUUUGGGUGAACUGUCCCUUUGAUUUUUGUUUACUGCUGGUCUAAUCAUGUAUAUCCUGUAAAUAUAAUGUGUCCACUGUUUAUGUUUUAAUAAAGUACUUUUUUUUUCUUUA